AUGCGAUGCUACAGAAAGGGCAUUAUAAUCCCCUUUACGCUGCUGUUGGCAGCAAUCACUGAAGCAUCGGACAUGCCGUCCUGCGCAAUUCAGUGCCUAAAAAGUGGAAUUGAAGGCUCGACUUGUACAUUAACAAACACCAGUUGUAUUUGCGCAGAUGCGGCGCUACAGACCAAUUUGACGGCUUGUGUCCAAACCAACUGCACAAUCAAGGAAAGCCUAACAACGGCAAACGCAACGGGUGCCAUGUGCCAUAACCCAAUCCGCAACAAGUCCGAGGUUAUAACUGUCACCAAUUCUGUGUUUGGGGGACUGGCAGUUAUUGCAACCUUGAUUCGAAGCCUGGAAUUUCGGAAACAUUUUGGCUUCGAAGACGUCUUUGUGAUACUUGGUCUACUUUUUAGUGUCGCGAUGGGCAUCCUGGAGUUUCUGAUGGUUGAUGCAGGUUACGGACGGGACAUUUGGACCAUAUCAUUCUCGAACAUCACUCUGGUCUUGAAAUACAAUUGGGUCGUGGAGAUGCUAUAUAUUGGUGCUAUUGCCUCUAUCAAAUUGGCAUUGCUCAAUCUUUAUCUCCACAUUUUUCCAAACUUCGGACUCCGGAAUGCGAUAUAUAUCGUCAUGGGAAUCGUGGUCGCAUAUUUCUUUGCCUUCUUCUUCGGAAUUUGUUUCAACUGUCUGCCCGUGUCUUAUAUCUGGACUUCAUGGACAGGUGAGACGAAAGGCAGCUGUCUCGACUUUAAUAAAUUCGGCAUUGCGUGCGCCGUGAUCAAUAUCGUCCUCGAUGUGACUGUGAUGGCCUUACCGCUCCACGAGAUUAUGAAGUUGAAUCUUAGACCCAUGAAGAAGAUUCUGGUUAUGCUUAUGUUUUGCACGGGAUUCUUCAUCACCAUUGUGAGCAUCAUCCGGCUCAAGUCAGUAGUGACAUUUGCCCAUACAGCCAAUGCAACCUAUGAUUAUGUACCAGUUGCAUACUGGUCACUGAUUGAAAGCUACACAGCAGUGAUCUGUGUCAGCAUGCCGGCGAUCCGCCGCCAGUUCAACCGGCUUCUCUAUGCCUGUUUCGGCAUUCCUGACUCACAUCAAGAUGCUUCAGCACCUUACGACAGAAGUCGGAGUCUACAAUAUCCGACGAGCUCCAAUAACCUGUCAAUUGGGAGGAAUAUCAAGGCAUCUUCGAGUCAGGAGCCUCUAUCUCGUCGGGAUUCAGAUGGGGUUGAAUUGGUAAAUGUCGAUGUAUACUUUGAUAAAAGGACUUGA